AUGGAAGUCGCAGGCACGAGGAGAACCUUGUCGAUCGCUGCAUUCGCCCUCAUGGCGAUGGCUGUGGCGUCGUCCCUGGAGCCGGUGGCGGCAAACAAGGACGGCGACGCGCUGGCGGCGCUGCGCAAGGGCCUUGAGGACCCCGACGGCAACCUCAAGAGCUGGGACCCGAGCUUGGUGAACCCGUGCACGUGGUUUUAUGUCACGUGCGACGGCGACAACCGCGUCACCCGUCUGGAUCUUGGGAAACUGAACUUGGCGGGUACUCUGGCGCCCGAGCUGGGACAACUGGAGAAGCUGUUCAGCUUGGACGUGUCCAGCAACAGCAUUUCAGGAGCUAUACCCGCAGCGCUCGGGGACGCCAAGUCCUUGACAUUCCUGCAUCUGGAUCACAACCGCCUAACGGGGCCGAUCCCAAGGGAGCUUGCUGGGCUGCCCAAUCUUGGAAUUGCAGAUUUCUCCAACAAUGACCUCUGUGGCACGAUCCCGACAGACGGAGCAUUCCAGAAAAUCCCCCCUAGCAGCUUCGCCAACAACCCGCGGUUGCAUCAGGGGGGCGAGUAUGAACCCAACUGCUAG